AUGUCGCCGGACGAGAUUCAAUCGCGGCUCAGCGAGCUCUUCUGCCCGCCGCUCGACACGACCUUGGUAGCGGCCAUCGCCCAUGAGCCAGGUCAGACGCUUCAAAGCGCCAAAGAGGUGUGCGAGACGCUCGCAGCUGCUGCCCUUCCGGACACGGACACCACAGCCGACUCUCCUCCCCUGCCCGAAACAACGCGGAAUGGAGACAAAUUCAAUCAAACAAGCACCGCUCCGGCAACUGGAUCGGUGGCUCGACGUCGUGCAUUUGGAGGCAAGCUCACUCGCGCCGACGGCACCGAUACGGUGGACACUAGUGCCAGUCGGGGCUCGACCACGACCGGCAGCACGGACAGCACCAUCGCAACGCCCAGCACGACCCCUUCGUCGCCCCACACCACCGCCGCCGACGCAGCAACCGUCGAGCGGCUCCUCCACGAGUGGUCGCUCGUCGACAAGUCCUCCCUAGAUCCCGACAAUCUGCACCUGACCGACGAGGAGGCCGGCGUGUCGGAUGGCGAGGAGCAGCCGGGGCACAGACUCCUGUCCACCCACGAGGGGGCAGCGGGCAAGUUGGUGGAUCUCGAAAGCGAGGAGGCGGAGAGGGUGGGUGCGCUGGCCGGGGCGGGCGAGGUCGAUCCGACUGCUCUUGCCAAAGGAGAAGCGAGCUUGAAUGGAGGAAAGAGGUUCGUGGAUAAGGACACCUUCGACCCGGUGGUGUUUCUUCAGCAUGCGUUUCCGUCGCGGACGGUGCAGUUCCUCAGAGAGACGCUGGACGACUCGCAUGGAGAUGUACAACCGACGGUGGAUACGAUCAUGACCAUCGGUUUGAUCGAGGCGGAGGACGCACGCAGUGCCACAGCCGCUCAAGUGUCGGACUCGGGCACGAGCACGCCACGAAAAGUAGGAGGCGGGUUGGAUUACGAAGCGCUCGCCCACGGGCUAUCUACAAACGGAGCUGAAGAUUCAAAUCUACGGGGCAAGAAGCGCAGAGCUGCGCGCAAGAGGCUGCAGCAAGAACAGCGUUCUUUUGCCGACGGGCUGGCUCCAACCGCGGCAGACAGCAAGCAGAAAGGAAAGCUCACGGUCAACCUCACCGAUGUGCGCCAUGGAGGCGCCUCCUCCAAUCUUCUUAAAAAGGUGCAGCAGCAACAACAACCAGCCAAGUCGCGCAGCGCAUCCCCCCUGCCUCGAUUGACAGACGAGCAGCUGGCAGCCAAGCUCGCAGCAGAAGAGGAAGAAGCCGCCAGAGACCCAGACGCAGAUCGACCCGUUUCGGACAAUCAAUGGCUGCUCACCUCGUCGGUCCUCUCGCAGCUCUCGACGCUGCUCGACAUCGAACCCAUCAAGGUGACCUCCGUCUACAAUGCGUCCUCCUUCAACCUCGCAGUCUGCUUUGCACGGCUCUUGGAGCAAGAGUCGGACAAGUAUCCGUCGCUGACCGAUCUUGACGAAGCGGGUGACGCACCGCCGGGCACAGCGGAACGCAUCGCAAACGGUAUCGCUGCGAUCGGAUCGACGACACCAGCUACAGCAAGCAAAGCCUUGCGAGCGACAAAGGGUCGACAGGACGCAGCGUUGGAUCUGAUGCAGCUGCAGCUGCUGGUGGAGCGCGAAGUCGGGGAAGCGGACGCGCUGGAUCCGAUGGGCAGGUUGAAGGAGCUCGGUGCAGCCGAAGUGCCCAAGAGUGUCGAAGCCAGCGCGCGCGGCUACGCCAUCGAUGCAGCAGCUGGCGAGGGGCAGUUCGCGCGGACCUUCCCGACGCCAUCGCAGGCGGCUCUGGCCAAGUCCACCGCGGGCACGGGCUCCGGCGGCGUGUACUCGAACAUCGUUGGUCGCAAGACGCCAGGUCCAGUGUCGGGCGCAGCAGCAGCCUUGCGCUCUGGCUCGGCCGUCGCCUCCGUGUUUCCCGCCAGCUCGGCCUUUGUCGGCGGCGCUGCGUCGGAUGACCUCUUUGACGACCCCGUCGCUGCCGAGCGCGGUCUCGCGUCCCACACCUCGCACUACGACCCCAUGCGCCGCAUGACUGAGUACCGUCUGGUCGCCGAAGAGUAUCGCCUUCGCCGCGACGAAGCGCUGCGCAAAGCUGCCUCGGCGUGGAAGUCGCAGCGCGGCGGUGUGCGCUCUGGCGGCAAGGGUGGCGAUGGCGGUCGUGGCGGUAUCGCCUGGCAUUACGCAGACGAAGCGCGUCGUCUCGAUGCCAAGUCCCGCGCUUGGUCUCUGCGUGCCUCGCAAGCGCUGGUCGAGGACCGGCGUCGUGCUGCGGUUGGCGUGGUCCGUCCAGGAACCCAGCCCACAGCCUCGCACAACGUUGCCAGCAACACCAUCGACCUGCAUGGCGUGACGGUGCACGAAGCACUGUCGAUCGUACGGGAGCAGGUGACAAAGUGGUACUCACGACCGGGUCCCGGGCUGAACCCGCCGCCAUUCAAGAUCGUUACCGGUGUGGGAAGGCAUUCUCCACAUCAGAUCGCGGUGUUGCGGCCGGCGAUCGCCAAGAUGCUGGACAGAGAGGGGUGGAGGUACGACGUGGAUCACUCGCGCGGAGUCAUCGUCGUGCGAGGAACCAAGUAG